CUGCUGGUAGGAUCAAAGCAGAGCGUCCUGUUGUGCUGUGCGGAGCUUGCAGCGGUUCGUUAAGAAAAAGUGACCAUGGAGAACAACAAAACCUUGGUGGAUUCGAAAUCCAUUAAUAAUUUUGAAAUAAAGACCAUACAUGGAAGCAAAUCAAUGGACUCUGGAAUAUACCUGGACAGUAGCUACAAAAUGGAUUAUCCUGAAAUGGGUGUAUGUUUAAUAAUUAAUAAUAAGAACUUCCAUAAAAGCACUGGAAUGACACCUCGGUCUGGAACCGAUGUCGACGCAGCCAACCUCAGGGAGACGUUCAUGGGCCUGAAAUAUGAAGUCAGGAAUAAAAACGAUCUUACUCGGGAAGAAAUUGUGGAAUUGAUGGAUAAAAUUUCUAAAGAAGAUCAUAGCAAACGGAGCAGUUUUAUUUGUGUGAUUCUAAGCCAUGGUGAUGAAGGAGUAAUUUAUGGAACAAAUGGGCCUGUUGACCUGAAAAAAUUAACUAGUUACUUCAGAGGGGACUACUGCCGGAGUCUAACCGGAAAGCCGAAACUCUUCAUCAUUCAGGCCUGCCGGGGUACAGAGCUGGAUUGUGGCAUUGAGACAGACAGUGGUACUGAUGAUGAUAUGGCAUGCCAGAAGAUACCAGUGGAAGCCGACUUCCUGUACGCUUACUCCACAGCACCCGGUUACUAUUCCUGGAGAAACUCCAAGGACGGGUCCUGGUUCAUCCAGUCUCUUUGUGCCAUGCUGAAACUGUACGCACACAAGCUCGAGUUCAUGCACAUUCUUACUCGCGUUAACCGGAAGGUAGCAACGGAGUUUGAGUCCUUCUCCCUUGACUCCACUUUUCAUGCGAAGAAACAGAUUCCGUGUAUUGUGUCUAUGCUCACAAAAGAACUAUACUUCUAUCACUAAAGAGAUGAUUGGGGGGUGGGCACUGUUUCUGCUCUUUUUUGUUGUUGUUGUUGUUUUACUGCCAAAUGAGGAAACGGUGUCAGGGAGACUUUAUUUCUCAUCUGAAUCAAAUCUGAUGUUCCACAGGGUACUUUGCACCAUGCCACUGCCCUAGCAAUAGAGCCGCAAUGCAGCUACCUCAAGAUCAACAUCAAGUAGUUGAAAUACAUUUAAUUAGGAACAGAAAAAUGUCAAUAAUGGUACUAUCAUUGUGGAGGAAAUUACAAAUUUACCAUUUUUAUAGUUAGCAGGAUAUGGUGAGCAUAUGAAUUUUGAAGUAAUCAUGAGGAGGUCAAACUUUGCAGUGACGAUUUUAUACUCCCUACACAUAUUAAGAAAGUCAUUCUAGUUUUCCUUGAACUGUAGAAAUGAUAUUGUCAAAUGAAAUGUCCUAGAGCUUGAAUCCGUGAGCAGAGUCAAAGGCUUGAACCCUGAUUUUGGAAGUGAAGCGUGGGGCCACCGUAGCAUACAUUGUAGCUACUGGUUUUGUGACAUUCAUCCUGAGCAUGUAUUUGUUAUUUAAAAAAAAUCAUGUUUUAUUAUUGAAAAAAAAUACAUGAGUAUUUAUGUGAGAGAAGAAACAAGAGCAAACUCAGUUGACUCUUUGAAGGCUACCAUGCAUCAGUGGCGGACAGAUGGCAAGGUGCUAAGGUCUACCAGCAUGUGUCUUUCCUGUUCUUACACAAAUCAACCUAGUUUUACAGACCAGCAAAAUAUCUAAAGAGCAGCUACCUAACAGCCUCAAAUUGUUGAUUAUUAGAAUGCAAUAAAGAAAUCCCACAAGAACAUACUGAAAUACCAGUUGUAAAAUAGAAUGUAAGAAAAGGAGAAAUGAAUCUACAGUAAUUGAAGGGAUGUUUAAGCCUGAGCAGAGACAUGCAGAGCCAUGGGCACACCUUCAGAAAAGAACGGCCAGUUGGACCCAGCUCGUGAGUACCGGUUUCUGUAGAUGAUGUCUCCAAAGUCCAAGUCACCGCAUGAGAAAGUGAACCAGAUCAGAAACCUUUAAGGAAGGGCUUUCCCACAUGGGUGAGAGUUCACAGGGCUCCUUGCACAGAUGUAUGCAUGCUGACUUUUCUGUUGAAGUUUAUGAUAAAAGCAAAGCAAUGGCACUAUCUGUAUUUUCACCAGAAGUUAGAGGACCAUGGUACACAGGACUUGGAAAGCAUCCAGUCCUGGGCUUUGCAGCCCCCAUGGGGAAGAUGAGGUUCAUCCUCAUCAGGGAGGCUGUGCUCCGGGCUUCCUGGUUCAUGGAGGUGCUGAGUCAUUGCUGGCUAUCCUGAUGUGUCCGGUGCUUUGCCCUAAGAAAGGAAGGAACUCACAUUUAUAAUCGAUAGAUUCUUGUCUAGACUGGAUCUAUUAACUCUUUCUAAGUAAAUGUAGCAUGUGGUGGUAUUUUAAAGUGUGUUCCCAUGUGACAAUUUUAUAAAAGUUUGUUAUCUUGCAUUUUUUAUUUCAAAACAUAAAUUCAGAUUUAAAAUUA